GAAACUAUUUGGGAAUUCCUGAUUCAUUUGGGAAUUAUCUGCUUCAAGUGAUUCUAAUCCUGUGUGGAACAGUUUGUCCCACACAGAAUCAAUGUAUAUAGAAUUUCGCUGCCACCAGUGAGUUCAUUGUUGGUUUCCAUAGAGAUAGGGCAGCCUAUCGUGAACAGCCAUUAGAUCAUACAGAAGGAUGCAUGUCUCUUUUGUAAGUUCAGUACUGAGCAAGUCAGAUGCCUCAUUCAGUUUGACAUCCCACCGCAUAUCUAAGCUGCUGCAAGUAGUGGGUGAUCAUGCAAGGUUCACCCAGGAAGCGCUUGGCAGUAAAUAUUUUCAGCAACUUUUUUCAGGGCCGGAGACAUUCUUCCUCUGAUCCUCUUCUCCGCAUACUUCAGAGGCGACGAAGCUCAGUUGUAGAGGUCCUCUCAACUUCUACCCACAGAGUUAUGGUGGCUGUUUCCUCUGUAAACCCAGAGGAGUUAAAUGCUGCUUUCCAUGACAGAAAAAGAAGGUCUAGGCGUCCUACGGCAAAAUACACAAAAGUUGGAGAGCGUCUUCGCCAUGUCAUUCCUGGUCCUAUGCAGUGUUCCAUGGCAUGCGGUGGACGGGCUUGCAAAUAUGAAAACCCAGCUCGGUGGAGUGACCAGGAACAGGCUAUUAAAGGGCUUUAUUCUUCCUGGAUUACAGAUAACAUAUUAGCCAUGUCUCGACCCUCAACAGAACUUAUUGAAAAGUAUAAUAUUAUUGAGCAGUUCCAAAGAUGUGGCAUAAAAACGGUAAUUAACCUCCAGCGUCCUGGGGAACAUGCUAGCUGUGGGAAUCCACUAGAACAAGAAAGCGGUUUCACCUACCUUCCUGAGGCUUUCAUGGAGGCGGGAAUUUACUUUUAUAACUUUGGAUGGAAGGACUAUGGAGUGGCUUCUCUCACUACUAUCCUUGAUAUGGUAAAAGUGAUGACUUUUGCCUUACAGGAAGGGAGAGUAGCUAUUCAUUGUCAUGCAGGACUAGGCAGAACAGGAGUUUUAAUAGCUUGUUACUUAGUUUUUGCAACGAGAAUGACUGCAGACCAAGCAAUUCUUUUUGUCAGGGCAAAAAGGCCUAAUUCUAUUCAAACUAGGGGGCAGUUGCUAUGUGUAAGAGAGUUUUCACAGUUUUUAAUUCCACUAAGAAAUGUGUUUGCAUCCUGUGAACCCAAAGUACAUGCAGUGACUCUUUCCCAGUACCUGAUCCGGCAGCGGCAUUUACUCCAUGGUUAUGAAAGCAGAAAUCUCAAACAUGUGCCAAAGCUUAUUCAUCUGGUUUGCAAACUCCUCUUGGAUUUGGCUGAAAACCGGCAGAUGAUAGAACAGGAACUAGUAGAUCUACCAGAUCUCUCAGCUGAAAUUGAGGAGACUGUUUCACAAUUAUCUUCUGCACAGCUUGAAAAAGAGUUAAUUAGGCAAGACAGUGGUGCUUCAGAGCCAUUCUCCCUCUCAGGAUCAAAUCCUCUCAAUACCAAUGACCAUGAAUGUGAUUCUCUUUGGAGGAGGAGGAACGUUGAUUAUCUUCAGCCUCUUAGACAUUCACAAAGGCGCAUGAGCUACAGUGACUCAGAUUUAAGAAGAGCUGUGUUUGUCUCUGAGCAAGGAGAGACCCCCUGGUCAGUGCCUGUACAAGUGCCACACCGCAACAAGGAAAACCUGCAGAACAGUGAUGACAACAAUCAGGCUAAUGCAGUUGAGUUAAACCAAGAACUCUUAAUUCGUAGCACCUUUACUUUCUCAAGUCAGGGUAAAUUUAAUCUAGAUAGAAAACGUAAUUCUUCAGCUUGCCAUAAAGUCAGAUUUCCCAAAGAAGUUCAGCGUAGUAAAACCUAUUCUUCAGGCCUUGCAUGUCUUCAGAAUGAAGAAGAGGAGGAAGAAGAGGAUGAGGAUGAACUAAAAGCAUUAAACUAUAAUUGUUCAAGAACAACUGAUUUUUAUAGUAAAAGAACGUGGUCCUCUGAGGACUCUGAUUCCUCUAAAGCAGAGCAUGACAUCCAUGAUAAUAGAGAGCCCUCUGAAAUCCCCCAUAUUAUUGUACAGUCAGAACUAACUCCGGAUGGACGACGGGCUUUGGCAGCCAAAGCCCUUGCAGAUAUAAAUGAAUUUAUGGAAGCCGAAAUAGUGAAGCAAAAAGUGGAAAUAUGGCAGAAAGAACUAAAUUCUCAGAAUGGAGCCUGGGAUAAAAUAUGUACUGAGAGAGAUCCUUUCAUCCUCAGUGGUUUGAUGUGGUCAUGGAUUGAGCAACUUAAAGAACCUCUCCUAAACAAGCACGAUGUUGAUGUAUUAGCAAAAAAUAAUGUAGACUCACAAGAAGCACUUAAAUUGCUAGAAAAGGGAAAAUAUCAUACUAUACUAUGUAUCUUAAACUGUGUGGUGGGUUUGCAGACCAUACCAAUGGAUGUGGAGGAGCUUCUCCUCGAUCGAGCAGUUAAAGCAUUCACAAAGAUGAGCUGUGAUGCUGAAGGUGGAAAAUAUGUUUACAACAUUCUGAAGAAUGUUUUCAAGCAAAUCCUGGAACACCAAAGAAAAUACUCCAAAGAAGGAUCAGAAAAGCUGUUAUGAUGCUUACAUUGCUAAGCUAUAGACUUCCAGACUCCCUCCCCAAGCUACCUUUCGUUUACUAUCUUAUUUUGUAUCUCUAGAUUUGUGUUAUUGUAUCUACAUAUGUAUAUACAUUGAUAUUUAAUAAGUUGCCAUUUUGUGUUUGUACUGUGGCAUUUGGUAUUUGACUUGUGUUGUAAAAUAUUUUUGUUUAUUUUGAAAGUUUCUCAUUAAUAAGCUCUAAAUUGCAUCUAGCCUAAGCUUCCCAUGGGCAGAAGGGCUCAUUUUGCCUGCAGGAUGCUCCUGACUGAGUGGCUGCAGGCAUGGGUAGAUUAAUUCCUUUCUGCUUUUCUGCACUCUCUCUUUGUUCUGCAGAGUUGCAGGGAUGCUCCAGAACAGUGGAGUAGGUGGCAACAGUAAAGGG